GGCCAAGGAAUGUUGCUGGCUUGGAAGCUGAAGGGGCUGGAGCUGAGGGCCUCCCUGUCACAGCAGAGGGAACAUCUGGCUCCCAGGAGACGUAGCAGGCUGGGGGCCUAGGGCUGCAGGGGAACCCAGCUCCUCCUGACGGGGGGGCCCCACCCCAGCCUCAACCCUGACCCAGAGGCAGAGUCUGAUCCGGAACUGGGAGGACAGCCAUGUAUGGUCUGUGGAAAUCACAGCAGUGGCUAGGACCCGCCCUCCAGCCUGGCCCAAGCCUCCACCCCACCUCACCCUGCUUCCGUCCUACCCGCAGCCUGGCUGCAUCCACGGGGGACCUCAGCCGACUCGGGGAUCUCAGCGGACUCACACCCCUUGGGGCAGCCCAAGCCCCUCCAGCGCUGACCCAGAACGCACAGCCCCAGCCUAAAGGAAGGCUGGCUGCCCUCUCGGGGCCAUGAACCAGAGGACCACGCUGGCGCUGCUGGCGCUGGCCGUCAUCACCAUCUUUGCCUUGGUUUGUGUCCUGCUGGCCGGCAGAAGUGGAGAUGGAGCCCCUUCAGGCCAGCUGCCCCCAUGCCCAUCGGCCGCGCCCACCCGCUACGGCGGCCCCCUGCCCUACCACCGGCGCCCCGUGCUGGCCCGAGAGUACCAGGACGUCGACAGCAUGCUCUUCGACCACGAGCUGCCCCAGGCCGCGGGGCUUCUCCACCACUGCUGCUUCUACGCACCCGGCCGGCUGGUGACGAUGACCACAGCGCCCCGUGGCCUGCAGUCAGGGGACCGGGCCACCUGGUUCGGCCUGUACUACAACGUCUCGGGUGCCGGCGUCUUCCUGCAGCCCGUGGGGCUAGAGCUGCUGGUGGACCACGGCGCCCUGGACCCGGCCCGCUGGGCCGUGCGGCAGGUGUUCUUCCAGGGCCGCUACUACGAGAGCCUGAGCAGGCUGGAGCACCUGUUUGAGGCCGGCCUGGUGAAGGUGGUGCCGGUCCCUGACAAUGGCACGGGUGGGGCCUGGUCCCUGAAGUCGCCGGUGCCCCCGGGCCCUGCUCCCCCUCUGCAGUUCCACCCCCAGGGCCCCCGCUUCAGCGUCCAGGGCAGUCGCGUGACCUCCUCCCUGUGGGCCUUCUCCUUCGGCCUCGGCGCCUUCAGUGGCCCAAGGGUCUUUGACGUCCGCUUCCAGGGUGAGAGGGUGGCCUACGAGAUCAGCGUCCAGGAGGCCCUGGCCGUCUACGGGGGCAACUCUCCGGCGGCGAUGCUGACCCACUACAUGGACGGCAGCUUUGGCAUUGGCAAGUACACCACGCCCCUGACGCGCGGGGUGGACUGCCCCUACCUGGCCACCUGCGCGGACUGGCACUUCCUGGUGGGAUCUCAGGCCCCCAAGACCGUCCGCGACGCCCUGUGUGUGUUUGAAUGGAACCAGGGCCUCCCCUUGCGGCGGCACCACUCUGAUUUCUACUCCCGUUACUAUGGGGGCAUCGCGGAGACGGUGCUGGUGGUCAGGUCUGUGGCCACCUUGCUCAACUAUGACUAUGUGUGGGACGUGAUCUUCCACCCCAACGGGGCCAUCGAAGUCAAAGUCCACACCACGGGCUACAUCAGCUCUUCGUUCUUCUUCGGUGCCGCCCCGCGGUACGGGAACCGCGUUGGGGAGCACGCGCUGGGCACGGUCCACACCCACAGCAUCCACUUCAAGGUGGACCUGGACGUGGCAGGACCAGAGAACUGGGUCUGGGCCGAGGACCUGGCCUUCUUCCCCGCGGCUGUACCCUGGCGCCCUGAGCACCAGAUCCAGAGGCUGCAGGUGACCCGGAAGCUGCUCAAGACAGAAGAGCAGGCCGCCUUCCCCCUGGGCGGGGCCGCCCCGCGCUACCUGUACCUGGCCAGCAACCGCAGCAACAAGUGGGGGCACCCGCGGGGCUACCGCGUGCAGACGCUGGGCCCUGCCGGGGAGCAGCUGCCCCCGAACAGCUCCGUGGCAGGGGCCUUCAGCUGGGUGAGGUACCAGCUGGCGGUGACCCGGCGGAAAGAGGAGGAGCCCAGCAGCUCCAGCGUCUUCAAUCAGAAUGACCCCUGGACGCCCACCGUGGAUUUUGCCGACUUCAUCAACAACGAGACCAUCACGGGGGAGGACCUGGUAGCCUGGGUGACAGCUGGAUUUCUGCACAUCCCACACGCAGAGGACGUCCCCAACACAGUGACAGUGGGGAACGGGGUGGGCUUCUUCCUGCGGCCCUACAACUUCUUCGACGAGGACCCCUCCUUCCGCUCUGCCGACUCCGUGUACUUCCGGGAGGGCCAGGACCCUGGCUCCUGCUCACUCAACCCCCUGGCCUGCCUGGCCCGGGCCGCUGCUUGUGACCCCGGCCUCCCUGCCUUCUCCCACGGGGGCUUCUCGCACAACUAGGGGCGGUCGAGGGACAGCCAGCCUGGCUCCCCGCGUCCUUUCUCAGCCCCUGUGCGGCCCUCCAUCCCUCUGUCCUCCGUGCCCACCUCCCCUGGGGCAUCUGAGCCUGGGUGCCCAUCGCGGAAGCCUGGGUCCCGCUGGUCCCGCUGGUCCGCUGUGCUGAGCCCCAGUAGGGAGGAGGGGCGGCCCAGGCAGAGCCCAAGUGGUGUCCGGCUGUGCCCAGAUGAUGCCCAAAUGCUCUGUUUUCUUGUUUGUAUGAAUGAGACUUCCUUCACUGUUUAUUUAUUUAACUUUUUUUCUUUUU